GAGAGGUUGAUACAGAGGUGGAGCGUAAAGAGGGGAAAAAAAUACCCAGAGUGAAUCUGUCAAAAAAACAGCCAACAGAUACUCUGUAGAGAAAGACAGUGUCUGGAGAGCUACUAUACUAAUGAGAGCAAACUAAAAGAUAAACAAUGGAGCGUUUCAAAGCGAAAGCAAACGAGCAAAAAGUGACCGGUUGAAAGCCAUUGGAACGAUGAAGAGACGCUUCAGAUCAGAUCAGAGCAUGGGAUGUUUUAUUAAGUGUCGGAGUUCUGAGCUGCAUUGAGAAAAACAUUAAUCUUUUCAUAUCAAAAACCAAGAGAAGAAAGUAAAAAAAAAAUAUCAGGAAAAAGUGUGUCCCAAAAGGAGCAGAGGAAGGCAGCUUGUUUUUACAGUCCAAACACGCUUUAUAUUCAGGACUAGUUUUUGCUACCGCACUUUGAAUCUAUAUUUCAAGCCACAUCCAGACAACCCCAAGCUGAAGGCAGCACAUGACAAUCAAUGAACCCCACUUCUUUUGAUGCAGCGCACAUUCAAAUGUCAGCUCCCUGAUCUCUGUUUAUUCCUUACGGCUACGGAUAAAACCUAAACAAAGGGGACAUUCUGCAUGUGUCUCUGCAUACUGAUCACUCACAAACUGAUCCCUUCGUUGCAGACGUGUCAAGGAAGAUAGUGCAUUUUCAUCAUUCCGGUCCAUCACCAUUCACCUACAUCAACACGAAGGCCUGAGAGACACCUCUUAGGAACUCUAUAUUGCUUGUCAUUCUAUUUGGAAUUCCUGGAACCGUAGUGGAUAUUUUGGAACUUUUAGCGUGUCACCUCUGUGGUUAAUUUUUUUUUUUUUUACCUGUGACCGCACUGGUAAUGCAGACAAGUGUAAAUGCUCAGGCCUCUCUUAAAACAAGAUGCUUCUUUUGGGUUCAAUCAAUUAAAAAAAUAAAAGCAUCCUCAUCUUCAAAAGAGUUUUCCAUGCAGAUCACUUGGAAGGCCAGUCUGUUUGUACUGUGCUAGAUCUGCAAAGCUUUCAUCCAUGCAAUAAUAAAGAACAGCCCAUCUGGUUGCCUGCAUAUAAACGGCGUUGGUUUCUCAGUUACUGUACUCAUGAACGCUAGAGCUCACACGAGCUGAAUUUGGGAUGUCAUUUGCAGAUUUGCAGAUUCUAUGUCUGCACAAUGUCCUGAAUUUAUUGUCUUCAAGAUUCACCUGUUCUGAAUAAGCUACCCUAAAAUUUCUCAUUCUUAAAUCCAGAUUUGCAUGAUUUUUAAGAGCAGGACUUGUCGCUGUAAGACCCCAGUCUCCUCUGCAAUGAGCCAGGUUUGCUAGCGCCCAGCUGCCAUGCCUGUGCCUGUGAUGGCUGUGAGCAGUGUCAAGUCCCUGUACUGGGAGGUGUUCCCCCCAAUGCCCACCCGUCGGGUUUACUGCACCCCUGUCUACCAGGAUGGUCUGCUGUAUGUGUUGGGGGGCUGCAGCGAGACAGGGCUGCCUCUGGACACGACCGAGGUGCUGGACGUGGUCACUCAGACCUGGAGCCCCUUGCCCCCCAUCCCCACUGCCCGAGCGGGUGCUGCCGCUGUCUCCUUGGGUAAGAGGCUCCUGGUGAUCGGGGGGAUGGACGCUGAGCAGAGACCCCUGGCUUCUGUGGAGAUCUACAACACAGACGAGGGGAAGUGGGAGAAGAAAGCCGGUGUGGGGCAGCCAUCAAUGGGCAUCAGUGCCGUGGAGAAAGAGGGGGAGGUGUAUGCCCUCGGAGGAAUGGGCUGCGACACGUCUCCCCAGGCCCUUGUUCGAGUCUAUGACCCGGGCAGGGACCAGUGGCAGCCCCUUCCCUCAAUGCCCACUCCCAGGUACGGGGCCUCCUCCUUUCUUCGGGGGAACAAGAUCUAUGUGUUGGGUGGAAGACAAGGGAAACUCCCUGUGACUGCAUUCGAAGCCUUCGACCUGGAAGUGAAAAGCUGGACCCGCUUUCCCAGCAUCCCGAGUCGGCGUGCCUUCGCCAGCUGUGCCAUGGCGGACAAGACUUUCUUCAGCCUGGGGGGGCUCCAGCAGCCGGGACCCCACAACUUCUACUCGCGCCCUCACUUUGUCAGCACCGUCGAGGUGUAUGACACAGAGCUGGGGAUUUGGAACAAGCCCACACGCACACCCUGCAUGAGAGAGAAGCGAGCAGACUUUGUGUCCGGGUAUCUGGGAGGGAGAGUCAUCGCUGUAGGAGGCCUCGGGAACCAGCCCUCACCCCUGGCGUCAGUGGAGAGUUAUAACCCAGUGAAGAGGAGGUGGGAGUACGUGGCCCCCAUGCCCAGCCCUCGCAGCUCCUGCGCUGGCCUGCAGACUGAGCGACUGCUCUUCCUCAUCGGGGGGGUGGCGCAGGGCCCCAGCGAUGCUGUGGAGGCGCUGUGUGUGCAAGAGAGCGUCUGAGAUGGGAGGCGUGAAGCAGCAGAGUAUUACCAAAAAACUGACAGCGUUCUGCAUGGAACUCGGUGUACAGCAGAGCAUGGGACUGGAUUUCACCAGCACCGCUGAGGGACUGAGACCAACACAGGACUGGCUUUCACCAGCACCGCUGAGGGACUGACACCAACACAGGACUGGCUUUCACCAGCACCGCUGAGGGACUGACACCAACACAGGACUGGCUUUCACCAGCACCGCUGAGGGACUGACACCAACACAGGACUGGCUUUCACCAGCACCGCUGAGGGACUGACACCAACACAGGACUGGCUUUCACCAGCACCGCUGAGGGACUGACACCAAGCUGAGAUGGGUCUGGGGUUUAGGUACAGAAAUGAAAAGUGCAAAAAGAUGAAAACAUUUUUUUUUUGCAUAAAUUACAGGGUUUAGCAUAAGGGACUCCAUUAGUUACACAUGGGUGUCAAAAAGACAGAAGACAUGAACAACCAAACCUGGUCUAUUUGAUGGACUUGAUGGUAGAAAUAAGGAGUUGCCAGAACAAAGGGUUGUGAAUUUAAAUGCUUAUUUAUUAAGUGACCUAUAUUUAAAGAACAUACAGUACAAAAAAAAUUACGAACGAGAGGAGGCCAUUCAGCCCACUAGUGCUCAUCCAUUUCCCAGUAGCUGACUGAUCCCACAGCUGUGUCAGGUUGGGUCUUAAACAUGACUAGGUAACCCAUUUCAUACCCUGUGGUUCCCCUGAAGAGUGGUUCUUUCACAACCUAGAAUUUGUCAUAAGGAAAACACAGCAUUAAUUAUUCAAUAAGACCUUUAAUUAGAGCAAAAUCCUCCAGUCUUUCAAAACUGCCAAGUGUAAAGAGAUGAAAAUGUAAGAGAGAUCAAUAUAACAUUUUAUUACAAAUUCAAAAUCCCCCUAAAGCAUACAGCAUACUGUACAAGAACAAAAGAAACACAUGGAUAAAUAGGUAUACGCGGUGAUGUAAAGUGGUUCCAAAAGAAAAGAACACAGCAGCUCUUUAUGAAGCCUUUUCAGACGGUUAGACACAUAGCUGCUGAAUGCAACACAAGGCUUGUUUAUUACAGAUAGAAUGGGAUUAUGAGAUAUAGCAUUAAAUGACAUCAUUAACAGCCGUUCAGAUUCAAAUAAACACAGAGGUACCUUGCCAUCAAGUAUCUAUUCAGCUUUUCACAGUUGCCUAUUAUAUCUUGCACUCAAUGAGAUGCUGGUGUUAAGAGUAGAGAGUAGAGUAGUAAGAAUAGUUUGAUAUUAUUACUCUUAAAUGUGGGCAUUAAUUCAUGAACAAACCUGGGGAGAGGUUUGCAUUUUCAGAUGACAGUGUAAAGUUUAAAACAGUUCUAAAAACAACGGUAAACAGUUUUGUGGACAGCGAAGCAUGUCAGUCAAUAGGGGAAGUGGCUGGUUGGUAACUAACCGGAAAAGAAUCACUGAAGGGGUGGGGACAAUUUCACCCUCCGGGUGAGAAAGCAAGUGCAACACUAACUAAAAGCAUCGCUUGCAAACAGCAAUUUCUUGAACCAAGUUCAGUACCAGAUAGCAUGUUUUAAAAUAAAAAUCCAUGUUUACUAUAAUAUAUUCCUUUCAAAACUGGAAUAAAAAGGAUCACAGUCCACUUCUGUUUCUUGUGUAGCAGGCAAAGGAAGCAGGGUCUCUUCAAAGUCGUUCUCUGUUAAAUUUCUCAAAGCAAACUGACGGCUCUGAAUCAAAGCAUAAUUGAUGCGGUAUUAAAGCAGCACUUGUGCAGUCAAUUGAACAUUUCUCGUUUGAACGCACUAACCUAAUACAGCAGUGACACCAGAUCCACAAAAGCUCUCUGGUGCACUCUACUGGAAAUGGUAUGUACAGUAAUCCGUCGCAUAUCCGACUGCGGUGGGACCAGAGUAAGGGCGGAUAUGUAGUCAGAUGAAUGAAUCCUGUUUUAAAUACCAUUAUACAGAGCUGUAACAAUUACUAUAGUCACACAAUUAUUGUUUUGAGUCAGCUUUUAAAUCCCUUGUUUAGAAAGAUACAGGGUAUUAAUGCUUAUGCUAAUGCUUAUGAGUAGCCGUCUGGCAUGUGGGUGCGUGCAUUCGCUGCCGAGUGACAGGCAGGAGAUCGAGACUUGAAGUUGAUAUGCCCCGCAGGCGAACAGGAUUUAUUUACAUAGCAACACACUGAACAGCUCAAGUGACACUACCAGCAAUGGCAGCGCACGGAGCACAUGCAACACAGUGUACGAAAACUUUGUUAGGAUCGACAAUAUCUGAACUAAUCUUCUCUGUUCUAUAAUAAACUAACGUUGCUGAAGAGGUUGAUCAUGGCGGAUAAACGGUUAGGGCAGGUAUGUAACGGGCAGAUACACGAUGGAUUACUGUAUCAAGUUUUAAAUAAAAGCCUCACUGCUCCAAUACCGCGUCAGAGUUGAACUUGAGUUGCCACUUGUUUUGUCUCGGUACCGAAGAACCACAUUAUAAACUACAUUUUCUUUCUUCGUAUAAAAAUACAUCUGUACAAUUUUCCCAAACUGAUCCCAGAUGGCACAGUACUGUUUUAGUGUUCUUAGUGUAUGGUGAUGCUGAGGGUAAAAUGUUUUUAAAUUUGAGUGAUUUGUGAAGAUGUUUAACUUGUCUGAUGGUCAUCACACACACACUGCGUGCAGUCCUAUAGCUGAACUUCCAAACCAGUGCUGCUGGUUAUGAGUUGACUUAUGGCUUUUGUCUGAGUUAAAAACGAGAAACGCAUACAAACUUAACGGACAUAUCACUAAAAAAAUAUUGGACAUUCAAAAUCAGUGGUACAAAAAUUGUGCACACUAAAUAAAAAAUUAAAAUAAAUAGUGGGGUCUAUUCAAUUGAUCUAAGUCCUUUCAAUUAUGCAAUUGUCCCUCCCUGACAUUUGACCUAUUUUUAGAGGUAUUCAGGUUUCCAAGACAAAAAAGCAAAAGAAAGUAAAAAGAACACUUGUAUAACAGCAAUGCUUUGUUUUUAAGUGCAGUGAACUAAGAGUCAGACCUUCCAAAUUCUGAAAUAAACGACUCAGCAGGCCUUGUCAUUUAUUAGAAUUCAGGUUUACUUCCGCAUACACUACACAAUUAUCAUGCUGUAUGUGUGUUCAUUUACAGUUUAUUAAAAUAUAUCCUUUUUAAAAUGUUAUGAAUCAAGAGUAAAGUUCCACAGGUUCAUUGCGGCCCCAAAGGCAGUCUAUGAAGCUUGCAGUCAGUGAGAGCUCUGAAAAACUCAGACAAUUUAGUAAUACAGUGCCACCACUACAGAGAAAUGUGUGUACAGUAUGUGUUAAAUGUGUGCCUACUAGAAUAGAAACAUUCUCUGGUAAGUGCACCUUUUUAAUACAGUAUGUAUUAUGCUGUCAAAAUCCAAAACAGGGUAACUAUCACUUGUUUCAGUUAUGGAGAUGAGUUUACCAUAUUCCAUCCUACAAAUUAUAAUAAAUCAUUUAGAUGUUUAUUGUGGGUUUGUCUAGACAGACAAUCUGUUGACAUUUGGUUAUAGAAAUUAGAAAAUACUAAUGUGGCAUUGUCAUGCUCUGUUGAUAUAGUUCUGUAUAAAUAACAAGGUUUACAUUUGAAUUAAAGUCUUGUUUAUUGAGGUUGAUUUGUAUAGGAUAGUGAAUGUAUAGAUUCAGAUUCUUCUAUUUUUAUUACAUAGUAUUUUAUUUUAUUUGUAACUUGUUUUAAAACACGUGUAGAAUAAGUCAUGGCAAGUAUAUAUACUGUAUAAAAAGAGUGACUGUAGCGAUAUUGUGGUUGUUUAGGUUCUAAGACACCCCUAACCUUGGUUCCUAAGUGGAUUAUGAAAAACAACCAACACUUUCAGCUCUUUGGAGCAGUGCACUGUAUUUAUCUACAGCUUUACACUUGUCUAAAAGGGUCUGGUUGCUGAUUCAAGUGAUUUUGUUACAUGGUUAUAUUACUAUUGUUUGUGAUUUCAAGUAUGACAUGGUAAAUUAUAUAUUUAUUUAUUGUUCCUUCACAAAUACAGGCACAUAUGCCUAAUUAGUGGAGGAUAUUCACAGCCUCUUUUAAAAGCCUUAUUUUAUUAACAGAUAUUCAUGAUUUUAUGAGAUUUUAUGAGAUUCUUUCUGUAUUUCUGUCUGAACCCUGUUCUCUCUACUGCUCACAUUGCAAGUAUUUCAUUCAACCCAUAUUCAGUGGAGAAGGGCUAGAUCCUCAAAGAUUUUGAUCAAAAUUGUCAUUGCCACGUAUUUUCCGGAUAGGAAAACUAAAAGUCACAAAAUCAUCUGAAAAACUGUAACAUUUUUUUUUUUUUCAAAUUUCAUAAUUGUAAUUGUAGCUUUCAGAAUCUAGCCUGCAAUGUUUCGAUGCUCAUGUAACCAUAUCCGUUCUUAAAGUUUACCAUAGUAAAAGCAUAGCAAAGUGAAAUAAACCAGUGUGUACAUUUGGUAAAGCAUACUGUAUGCAAGAAUUGUAAAGCCCAGAGAGGUACGGUAAAGCAUAUUAAAAAACACGUCAAACUAUGAUAAAAUAAGGUAAAUGCAUAGAAUAACCAUGGGGAAACUGCUAAAUUACUGAGCAAAAAUACAGUGUUAAACUUUUAUAAUGUUUGUUGAAAAAAAAAAAAAAAAUGUGUUACUCUGUGUACUUUCAAUUUGACAACCAGGUUGUGUGGGUCUCUGUAGAUUUACAAACCCACAAUCUUUCCACACAUGCAGAUUUAUAUUGAAAUAUACAACUAAACAAUUAAUGAGAUCAAAGGUGAUCAAAAUGUUGUAAUGCAUAGAAGGAUAAAUGCAUUAUGAACACCAUACAAUGUCUCCCACCACUCAUAGUACAACAUUUUGUACUUUGCAUAAAAUAUCAGUAGUUUAGCAUUUACCAAUGGUAUUCAUACAAACGGCAUCCUAUGGCCAACAGGGAUUAAUACCAUGUAUAACGUCUUUCGGUGAUCAAUAUAAUGUUAUGGUAUUGGUGUAUGUGAACUUUUACAGCGUUUCUGAUUACUGCAAUAGUAGUAGCAGUAGCCUUCUGUAAAGCACAGUUCUGCAACAUUGAGAUGUGAAUUAAUUGUAUUAGAAGGUGUGUGUGUUACGCAGGGUGAAGCAGGGUGGUAGUUCAGUGCCUAUAUUGUGAGGUAGUGCCUCUAUGAUAUUUGAAAUCAUAAUAAAAUAUCUUUAUUUGCUG